UUUAUUUUUGGAAUAAGGAAAGUAAAAGAAGUAUGAGGCUGUCGCUCCGCUAGGCGGUUUGCACUUUGCACUCGCACCCCACCUAUUCUAAAAUGGUAAAUAAGUAAAGAAUUGAGUUUCCCUCUCAUUUUUUCAGAGCAAGAAUGAAGAGAAAGAAAGCAUUCAUGGAAAGAAGAAAGGCAAUGAACUCAGGAAGAACGCAAAUCCAUAUCCUAAUGCCAAGUGUCACUCUGCAUUCAAUUUCAGGCUAUUCUCUGUCAGUCUCUACAACUCAUCACUUUCUCACUAUCUACACGUUUACCUUGGAGAUCUGCAGUUGUUUAAGUUAUAGACUCUUCAGAUCAAUUGUUGAGGAUGCUUCCAACAGCCAAGGACAGUAAGACGAUAGAGAACAGUGAUGGCUACAACCGCAAAAGGAAAUGUCAUCCGUGUGGACAAAGCAAAUCAAAGAGUUUUGAAGGUGCUUCUUUGACUUCAAUCAAUUCUUAUGCAGCAAAAGAGGACCUUUUCAGCUUUCCUCCACGUGAGAUAGGAGAUGACGGGCACUACUAUGAGUGUGUAAUCUGUGAUAAUGGUGGCGAUUUGCUUUGCUGUGACACCUGUCCCCGCACUUAUCAUCUCGAGUGCCUUAAUCCACCUCUUAAAUCUGUUCCUCCUGGAAAAUGGGAAUGUUAUAAUUGCUGUCAAGAUGCUAAGAUAUUACUUCGACUAAGGCAUCUCAAGAGUUCCAAAGGAGAUGCUUCGUCUGACAAAAACUUUCCUUCUGUCUCAUUUCAGUCACUGCACCAUUUAGCUGAGGCUGGAGAUCUAAUGGAAAAAGCAUCCAAGAAUUACAUUCACGAUGAUGAAGGACAAAAUGUUGUCAACCACAGUGGUGAUGAAAAACAGACGAAGGCUUCCAAAACUGUGAAUGGAAUUAAAGUCUAUGGAAGACGCAUGAGUAAAAAAGAAGCAGAAGAAGGAGAGGAGAAUCACCCGGGAAAUUGUUAUCCUUCUGAAUUACCAAAUGAAGAUCAGAAAGAUAAAUCAACUAAAGAAGCUUCCGGAUUGUUCAAUUGUUCAAGCAUUCAAUCUGAGUCCACUGAACAUGAAGUUAAAGUUUUCGAAAUUGAUCUUAAUGCAUCAAUGCCUCACAGUCCACAAGAAUGUAACCAAAAUGCUAUAGAAGAGGAAGGGAAAGCAACAGAACAUCAAGCAAUUAAUAGUAAUAUAUGCAUGCAAAGGUCCGGAAUAAAUCAGUGCAACAAGUUAUCGAUUUUAAGGGAUGUUAUGCAGGAUUCAAUGAAGGACAGUUGCUUAAUAGCAAGUAACAAUGGAGAGAAGAAAUCGCGGCAUGUUCUACAACCAAAAUAUACAGAAUCUGGAAAAGCUAAGAAAGAGAGACUUGUCAUGCUUCGUGCAAGACAAAAACAAAAAAUUGCACUCAGGAGCAGUAGCAAGGGACCGAUUCUUGGUUCAAGAAUAAGCACACCACUUUUUUGGCAGCAUACAAAAGACCUUGAUAAAGUACAUACUUCAUCCAAUGACUCAAAGGAACACAUAAGACAGAAGGCAAGUCUAAUGAAAGAGGAACAGACUUCAAUAGACCAAGUGCCAUCGAAAACUCUAGAUAAGGUUAAUUGUUUGCAGAGGCUUUCUGGCUUAAUGGACCCUAGAAGAUUGCAUUACGGGCAAAGUAAAUUUGGAAGACAGUUACUUGGUUUUCCAUCCCAUCGGGCAUCAGGUGCAGAAUGUUCCACUGGGAUUAAUUUGAACAGUCAGGAGAUUGGUGACGGUGAUUUGUCAUUGCAAAAGCUGAACAUGUCCGUAGUACCUCAAGGAGGCCAUGUCAAUUUGAUGAUGAAGAUGUCCAAUGCAUCGAGAAAAGAUCAAGGAAUGGUUGAUGUAUGGUUAGAGGAGGAGCUUGAUUUUCUUUGGAUUGGUGUCCGCAGACAUGGGCAAGGAAAUUGGGAGGCCAUGCUCAGAGACCCCUCACUUUCUUUCUCCAAGCAUAAAACCAUAGAAGAUCUAUCGCGACGGUGGGAGAAAGAAAGGCUUAAAAUCUUGUAUCCUGGGAACUUACCAAUUCAUGGAUCAGGUAACUUACCUUCCGACAUGUUCAACAACUCAGUUGACUAUAGGAAGAAGCGUCUUAAAGCAGCUGAUAGUACUUUACCAUUUGUUGAGGAUCAGCUGCCUUCAUGUGGGGAAAAGAAAGUUCAGCAAAACCUUCUUCUUGGUGGAUUAAUUAACAUUUCCAUGUUGAGAAGAGACACAGAAGAGAGUGAGAAAUCGAACCAGACUCAACAGCUUAAAGCAAAAGAAUUUUCUUCAGAAGACACCAUUUCUGAUUAGAAUUGCAUAUCAUUAUUUAUCUAAUAUUGUCCAAUACUUUUAGGAUUUUGAAUUGCAUUUUAUGUCAAACUCAAUGACAGUAAAUUAUCCAUUUUAAAUUAAAUUAGCAGCAUCAGGGAAGCACCUGAUAAACCAUAUAAUAGUUUA